AUGUCCGCUGAGAGUAACGAAAAAGUAAAUCCACAUUUUUUUGAUAUCAGGGAGUUAGUGCGUAGAAAUGACUCUAUUAUUCUUCCUCCUGAAUGGGGUAAGUGGAGUAAACCAACUGCUUCAGCAGCAACAUACGUUUGGAGCUUUGAUAUUCCAAUAAAAUAUCUAGAACGUUAUUCCCAAGAAAUUGAAGAGGAUAUCCAUGAUCAUCCACAUACGAGGGAUUAUCGUCCUUUUAUCGUAGCGCAAUUUCAUGAAACUGAAUUAGCUCAUCUUUAUUUCUUACCUAAAGCACAUAAACCGAAUACACCAUUGCGACCAAUAAUGGCUGGUCUUAAAUCUCCUGCCAUCAAGAUCUCUAGAUGGUUAGAUAGUUUAUUAAGAACUCUGUUUGAUCGUUUAGCACUUGAUAUAACUAUUAUAAAUGGUGUUCAAUUAAUAAAACAAGUAGAAAGAUGGUCGGUUACUAAUCUUACAUCAGCCACAUUAUUCAUAACAAUGGAUGUUACAGAUCUAUAUACAAUGAUCCCGCAGGAAGAAGGAGUAACAGCCAUUAAACGUUUGAUGGAAACAUCAAAUUUAAAACAAAUCAAUGUUGUUACAAAAGAUAUUAUCCUAGCUCUUACCAGAUUUGUAAUGACCAAUAAUUAUUUCUAUCUUGAUGGGUUUUAUUAUAAACAAAUAAGAAGAGGAGCGAUGGGAUCGCCACUUACUCUGACAACAGCAAAUACAUACAUGUACUUUGCUGAACGUCCAAUAUCUAAAUGGGCUCAUAGAACAUGUUCAUUAUAUUAUAGAUAUAUUGAUGAUCUAUUCAUUAUGUCAAAUAUGCAUGCAGAGUAUGGUACAAUCGUAACUGACGAUGGUGAAACACCGGUGAUUAAUGAUACAAUAUCCUGUAUUGAUUUUCAUGUUAAUUAUUGUGUACCAUAUCCUGUAUUAUACCUUUUCUAA